AUGCCGCUGCUCCGGUCCCUAGUGCUUCUUUUCAUGCUGGGUAUCCCUGACCUGCACGGCUUGCCCUGGUCCAUGAAUAUCUCCGAGAGCCUGGGUCCUGGCUCGGACCUCCAGUCAUUCUCCUUCAACUGCUCCUCCUUCACGCCCGUCCUGGAGCUGCUUUCCGUGAAGCCACCCACCACCUUCUUCAACCCGCCCAGUCUGACCAGGUGGCAAAGCACCUACUAUGUGGGCAAGGUGACCCUCAGCAGCUCAGUCCGGCUGGAUGCCCUCUCGGUGAACCACUACGAACUGCAGUUGCGAUUCACAUGUGGCACCCACGUGACGGAGGGCCCGCUGUUUUUGGAUGUGCAGCGGGACCUCAGUCGUGUCCAGUGUGCUGGCCUGUUUGCCAGCCCAGCUGAGGAAAUCAUUCAGGUGCGGGAGAGCGUCACCCCGGGAGCUCACCUGUACACACUACUGCUCCCAGGCCUGGAACUCCAGGGGCCCCAGGUGCAGAUGAGCAUCAUUAGCGCCCAGGACCCUCCACACUUCCCUGGGUCUUUCACCAUCAACAAUCAGGGAUGGUUGCAGGCGCCCUCCCAGGGCCUCAAAGGCCAGGCUGGAAAGGACUUCCCUCUGCGGAUCUCCGUGACCUUUGGACAAGGCCGGAACUGCCAAGGGAUGCUGACAGUGAAGGUGUUGCCGGUUCCCUCCAGUCAGGUCUCCUUUCCGGAACAGCCACGGAACAUCACCAUCCCCGAGACGCAAGGCCCCGGAAGUGAAGUGGCUCGGGUCUGGGCCCAUGGCUUCCAUGUGCGCUAUGAAAUCGUUUCCCCGGUGCCCUGUCCCCGCUUCUCCAUCGGAUAUGCGGAUGGAGCCAUCCGGCUGACCGCACCCCUGGAGUUGGCUCGGGAUCCAGGCGCAGCGGUCACCAGGCUGCAGGUGAAGGCCUUCCAGCGACAGUGGCCGUGGGCCAGCGCCGAGCUCGACCUCAGCAUCUCGGUGCAGGCGGUAAACCGCUGGCCCCCGCGCUGCCUCCCGGCGCUGCUAGUGACUCAAAUCCCAGAGACUGCUUCUGUGGGCACCGUGCUAGACACCUUCACCUGUACUGACCCCGACUCACCCGGUGCUGCCCUCAACUAUCAGCUGUGGGUCCACAGCCCUCGGGACCCGGCCAGCCUCUGCCUUCAAGACAGGGUCCUGGAGGUGAACACAACGCUGGACUGUGACAGCCCCGGGCCCUGUUUCCAGCUUAGCGCCUCCAUUCUAGUGCUUGAUGAUGGACAGCCUCCAAUGACCACUGAGAUACCAGUGGUGGUGACGGUGACACCCAUCAAUGAGUUCUCUCCAACCUGUGCCCCAAGUAUCCUCCGAGUUCGUGAGAAUGCAAGGCCCCACACGCUCCUGGGCUCCGUGGUGGGCACGGAUAUGGAUUACCCGCAUGGGAACAUUGAGUACGACGCCUCCGGUGGGCCUGCUGUCUUUACUGUGGACCGUCGCAAUGGGGAGGUCCGCCUCCUGGGGCCUCUGGACUAUGAGAGGCAGAGGUUGUACAGGCUUACAGUCCAGGUGCUUGACCAUGACCAAGACCAGGACCCCACCAACCACCACACUGGCUCCUGCACCAUUACUAUCGAAGUGGAGGACGUGAAUGACCAUGCACCCGAGUGUGAGCCCCCAUUCCAAGAACUCACCAUCCACGCAUUUCACGGUCAGAGUGUGGAAGUGACCAAGGUGUCAUGCCGGAUCCCCCAGGAACCUCAGCGCCUGGCCUUCUCCUAUAACAUUGUGGGAGGGAAUAGCCAGAGCCGAUUCAGCCUGCAAGGGGCUGUCCUGGUGCACAGCGGUGUCGUGUCGGGCGCCCCCUGGUCACCGCAGCCCCGUACCUACGAGCUGUUGAUCCGUGUAGCCGAUGCAGGUCCCACUGCCCCCCACCUUAGCACCACAGCGACUGUCAUUGUGCAUCUGGUGCCCUGGAGGGCCAGCACAGUGGCUCCCAGCACGCGCAGAGCCACACUUACUUCGAUGACCCCCCUGCUUGUGACCGACACAGAGGCUUUCUGGCAGCCGGAGGCCUGGUUUGUGGUGGUGCUGACUGUGACUGGCGCUCUUCUCCUCUUGGCUCUGGGCUGGCUCCUCAGCAGGCUCCUCAGAAGGGCGGCCCAGGGGUUUCAGAUGCCCAAGAAACCAGCCCAGGGUCUGCUACCGAACAGUGUCCGGAGAACUGAAGGUCCCACCGAGGGGCUCAUGGAGUCACCGAGGAUGGAGAUGCCCCAGGGACCCAACAGCAUCACGAGCCUGGCUUUUGAUGGCAGAGCACAGGACCCCUGUACGGGCAGAGAUUACCUGUUCAACACACGCACCGGGGCCUGGCACUGGCUCUGAGGUCAAAGAGCUGCCCCACUCGCAACGGAAUUGCUUCUUCACGCGGUCAGGGGCUGGGGGUUUCAAUAAAAUGGCAGAGAGAGAA